AAUACUUAAUAAAUAUAGGAGCUGUGAAAUAUACAGAGCAGAGAGAAAAAAUGUUCAACAACAUGCGAGUUGUGGUGGUCGUGAUUGCGGCAGUGAGCCUUGCUUCAGUUGCAUAUGCCGAUGAGGGAACUGCUACUUAUAACACGCCUCCUUAUGUUCCCUCAUCAUGCGACGGCUACCAGAACGACGGUGUGAUGAUCGCGGCCGCUAGCGACGCAAUUUGGGACAAUAAGGCAGCAUGUGGGCGGAGUUAUAAAGUAACAUGCACGGGAGCUACAAACAAAGGCGUUCCGCACCCCUGCACGGGGCAAAGCGUGGUGGUUAGGAUAGUCGACUACUGUCCGCCGGGCUGUCGCGGCACCAUUGAUCUCUCUCAAGAAGCAUUUUCCAUUAUUGCUAAUCCUGCUGCUGGCAAAGUCAACAUUCAAUUUCAUCAGGUUUGAAAUGUUUAUGAAGAUGCAAGAAAUUUGGAGAGAUGAAGAUAAUGAUUCCCAAUAAAGAAGCAGCAUUGCCUGAAGACAAAUGUGUGUUUAUUCCAGAAAUGAAGUACAAAUCUACUAUUGCUGCGGAAAUAUAAUCAAUAAAUGUGUGUAAUUAUUAAAGUAAUUAUAUUAAUGGAGUGCUUUAAUUA